UUCUUACUGUACCUACGAAAUGGCUGAUGGAAUAGACAUACAAGUUGUAGCAGCUAGCCCCCCACCUUUACAAAAUAACGAUGUUACUGAAGCUCUCACUGACAAAGAAAUAGAACAGUACGGUGGGCUAAAUUUGUCUGAUCGAAUGAGAGAUGUUCUCCAACGGCCAAGAGGUAGUAUCUCUUUGGAACAACCUUCUCCAGUCUCCAAUCUAAGACGGCCUUCAAUUAUUGAAAUGGUGAAUAGUGGAGGCCUUGUUUUCAAUCAGCGUGGCUCAUGCGAAAUCAACUUGGAAAAUCUGCCUGCACAAGAUGUUGAAAUGAUGUACCACUAUCAUGGUCAUAGAAGAGGCUCUUUCCAACCUAGCGAGAACCCGUCAUGGAACCAGAGUCUGGACACAAAGGACUCCUUAAAUGACGACCAAGAAGAAACCGAAGAUAAACAACACUGCUGUUCUCACACACGUUGGAACCAAAAAUUCGACUCUCCGAUCCUCGAGAAGCAUCUGAGUAGAACUGUGAUGGAGUUUCUUCGAAUACGUUUCCGUUUUGCUCUGUUGUUUAUUGGUCUCUUUACGCUCAUCUGGCUUGUAUUCUUUGCUGCCAGCAUUCCAUUCACCCCCCCUGACUCAGUUCAACCAGUCACGUUGAGUGUGAAUCUUUCCGUGUUCAGUGUGUCUUACAAUGUUGGCUAUGUGAUUGGAGCGGCAGUGUUGUUUGUAUGCACCAUAGCUCUUCUGUUUUUCACCUAUUCCCAAUAUUAUAGGUUUAUUGCAGUACCACUAUCGGUUAUUUUAUUCAUUGUUCUCAUGUUCUGCUCGUUUGCUUUGGCACUGGCUUUGCAUUUUGAUCGAGAAGUACAAGGAUUCCUCACCAUGGCGUAUGUGGCACAAUUCACAAUCACCUCAAUUAUAAUACUGAUGAUUUUUAUGCUUUCCCGAAUGCCAUUUUGGGUUUCUAUAACCAUGUGUCUUUUGUACCUUGUCAUUCUAGAAACCCUUCUAGCCAUUUUCACAUUCAUUCCCAGGGCCCCCGGAGUUAUGGAAGGUGGACCUCACUACCCUCAGAACUUUUACGUCAAUUCACUUGUAGCUCGUAUCAUGUUUUACGUUUGUCUCAUUUCAGUUAGUGCGAGCACCUCUUAUCUUUCUCGGCUACGACAGAAAGUCACCUUUUGGAAGAUAGCACAGUGUGUCUUGUCGCAGAAGGCCCUUGAGCUCGAACGAGAAUUGGAAGAGAAGACAAUCCUCUCAAUGAUGCCAAAACCAUUUGCAGAAGAUCUGAUGAAUGUUCAAGUUCAAAUGGCAUUCAUGCUCAAGACAAAAGUGGGAAUUGAAAGCCUUGACCCACAGUUCCAGUCUAUAUCCGCACCAUUUAACAUUUGUAGCAUGGAAAAUGUAUCUAUUUUAUUUGCCGACAUUGUUGAUUUCACUAAGUUUUCCUCCUCUCUCUCGGCUCCAGAGUUGGUGGGGAUUCUGAAUGAUGUAUUCUCAACCUUUGACGAACUAGCCAUGCAGUGCAAUUGUGAGAAGAUCAGCACUUUGGGGGAUUCCUAUUUCUGUGUUUCUGGGUGCCCUGAGCCAGCUGCAGACCACGCCGAUAACUGUGUGAACAUGGGACUGUCCAUUGUUAAAGCUCUGGAAGAAUUCAGGAGAAAUACUGGUCACCCAGUAAGAAUGAGAAUUGGUAUUCAUACUGGCUCUGUGUUCUGUGGUGUUAUGGGAACGAAACGAUUCAAGUUUGAUGUCUGGUCAAAAGAUGUGCGAAUCGCCACCAAGGUAGAAUCGACCGGAAGUGCUGGUAAAGUCUUGAUCUCCUCAGCCACUAAGCUGUUUCUCUCUGACGACUACACCUUCCAAAGACUCAACACUCCCACUGGUGUCCCAGAACUUGCUGAUCUCAAGCUCUACUUUGUCGAACUCCCCUCUCUCAUGACUGACCCUGACAUGGAAUCAAGCAUGCUCAAAGAUGAUGUAGAGUUGGAGCCAUACCGCUCAUUAACCGCUCGCCCGUCUCUCUCUACUUGUGAGUCUCCAGUUCGUAAGGUGGCUGCGCCCCUCCCCCUCUGUCCCUGCUUGCGGGCCCAACACACCACUGCCCCUGUUGGGAGGCCAUUGCAGCCAGCUACCUCGAUUGUGGACAUUUUUUCUCGUCAGAAACAACUACAGCGAUGCACUUCGUAUGUGGAGCUACCAGUACCCAAACCUACAGACGAAAAUAAUGACAAAAUUGUGGAACUCAUGGAAGAACAAAAUGUGAACUUUGAAACGUAUUUCGACCCCCAAUUGAAAGCUAUCUCCCUGUACUAUCAGGACCCAGACUUGGAAGCAUCUUAUCGAAACCACGGACAAGACUUGGACGAUGGUUCUAACAUUGGUAUGGCUGAAAUCACGUUGGGAUUCCGGAUAACCAAGCUAAGCUACAUGAUUGACACCACUGUUUUAUUCAUUAAUUACCUGCUAAUCAUAAUUGGAUCUGUCGUUUGUCUGAACUCCGAAGGCACACUUGGGGAAGUCUGGCGUUCUCUGCUAGCUGUCGUUGUAUUCGGUCUGAUUAUUGACAUACUAAUCAUGGUCUUUGUGUCUGCUGUUUUUGCCCCAAAACUUUUCCCUAAGAGAUUUGCGAAAUUUGCCACUUUUAUUGUGAACUGGUAUGCCAGAUCCAUAGUUGCACUCUUCAUGAUCUACUACCCUAUGACUAUUGUGUAUGUGAGCAUAGCACAAUGUAAGACUGGAUUUGGAUCAGUGGCAGGCCUGGCUCAUGUCCAAAUGGCCUUCUUCAUAACAGUUCUUGUUCUGAUUAGCAGUAUCUCAUUCAUGGAUGUCAGCUACUUUGUCAAAUGUAUUGGAGGCUUUCUGUCAGCUGCUCUGGCAAUUGGUAUGAUUGUGGGCGUUCACAUGACCCUCUGUAUUGCCAACUCUAAACUGUACAAUGAAACACUGUCUACGUCUGCAACUCCGACCGAUUCGGCCAGAUUGGAGUCAGUGACACAUAAUGGUCGCAUCCUCCCUACAGAGUCCCCUGAAUCGUAUGUGAUGACCUACUUCACAAGGCACGUGGCCCCCGAAACAACAGUACUUUUGUUACUAGUUCUCAUUUUGCUCAUGGUUGUCAAUCGGAUGUCUGAAGUGUCUCUUCGUCUCCAUUUCAUCGCUCGAAUUGAGGCAUCGGCUCGAAGGAGAUUGGCUCGAUUACGCAAGGCCCAAGCCGACUGGCUACUAUUCAACAUUAUACCCGACCACGUUGCUAGGGAGUUGCGAAUUAACGGAAAGUACUCGCAAGACCACGAGUGUGUGGGUGUCAUCUUUGCUUCUAUUGUCAACUUUCGAGACUUUCAAAUGAACACACCAAACAGUGAUGAGGAGUCCCUUCGAGUGCUCAACUUAAUCAUCAGUGAGUUUGAUGCUCUUUUGGAUCGUGAGCAAUUCUCCAGUAUCGAGAAAAUCAAAACUAUUGGUAGUACAUACAUGGCUGCUUCUGGUCUACCACUGGAUUCACAAGGAAGAAAUGUAAAGCACCUUUUGGAACUUGUGGAUUUCUCAGAGAAACUCAUUGAAGUACUAGAGCAAAUCAACACACAAAUGCCUGGGUUUGUUUUCAGAAUGCGUAUUGGGUUCAAUUUUGGACCUUUGACGGCUGGAGUGGUUGGAAGUAGGAAGAUGCUGUUUGAUAUAUGGGGUGAUACGGUGAACGUUGCUAGUCGAAUGGACUCUACUGGUUUAGUGAACAAGAUCCACAUGCCUGAGACCUGUUUAGAAAAACUCUCUCCCUAUGUUAAUCACGAGACAUACAAAGUUGUCAAUGUGAAAGGAAAAGGCGAAAUGAAGACUGUGUUCAUUAGACUGGGCUCAAGACAAGAAGAUGAUGUACCUCCCCACAGAGCAACAUGUGAACUUCAUUGACAAUAAGGGACAUUUCAUAAUUACUCUAUUUCAUAUUUCAGUUUGUAACUCGUGCAAUCAUUUUUCAGUUUUUGUAUAUUUAUGUAAAUUUUCGUACAAAUCAUGUAUUUCUAUUGUUGGUGUAAAUACGAAUGCCAAUUUAAGUA